AUGGCGGUUGUUUUUGCAAAGUAUACUGUUUUAGAAGGAAAAAUUGAUGAGAACAAUACCUCACAUUUUCAAAUCCAUCUCAAGAUUGCAAAAGGAUAUAGGAAAGCUAAUGGUGAGAACAAAGACUGCAUAGAAGGUGCGACAAAAAAAAAGGAUGGUGCAAGUACACCAACAUGUGCAACCAUGUUCAAAAUAUGUUACUCAAAAAAAGAUAAGAGCAUUGCUAAUGAGAAAACAAAAGAAGCAAUGUUACAAUUACAAGAGAAAGAAGAACUGAAUGAAGAUGCAUCAAAAGAAAAGAGUAAAAAUGACGUUUUUUCUGAAGUUAUGGGUAAAGAAAAACAUGGAUCAGUUCGCAUGUAUGGAUUUAGUGUUUGCCCAUCUGAUGUGUGGAAGGAUAAAUCAACUUGGAGAAGAAACCAAAAUAAGUAUGUAGAUACUCUACAGUCAGAAAUAAAUGAUCUAAGAUCUCAAGUUCAAAUUCAUACUAAGACUAUUUUGAGCAUGCAAAAUAAUGGCAAUGACAUAUCACUUCAGCAUUUACAUUGUAAUGAAAAUGCUACAUCUUCACAUAUGGCCAUAAAUGCUAGUACCUUACAUAACAAAGAAACUCAACAUCAACUAUGGUUUUCAUCUUCAGCAUAUGGUACUCCUGUUGUUGAGGUUGGAGAAGUAGUUAAUCUUAAAAGUGUCACCAGUGAGCCUGAAACAAUUGCUAUUGGUAUCGUUAUAAGUAGAGAUCCAUCAAAAGAAGUUGCAGAACAUCAAUUAAACAUCAAUUCUCAAGUUAUGCAAGUUAUAGUACAAGUUCCUAUUAAGUCUGACGAACAACUGAUUAAAUCAUAUGGAUAUUUUAAGACAAUUGGUCAAGUUUUUGGAGCGCCUAUUGCAUGGCCAACAACAUUUGUGGUUCCAAGGGAAUCAGAUACACAACUUGGUGACUCGAUGCUUUGA